CCGAGACCAUCUCACACAGUACUCCCAGCUUCAGUUCUUUGAUGACCGCCACCGAGACCACAUCCCACAGUACUCCCAGCUUAACUUCUCUGAUCACCACCACCAAGUCUACCUCACAGAAUCCUCCGAGCUUCACUUCUGCGAUUGCCACCACAGGGAUCACCUCACGCAGUACUCCCAUUUUCACUUCUUCAAUCACAAACACCGAGAGCACCUCACGCAGUACUCCCAGCUUCACUUUUUCGAUCACCAGCACCGAGACCACAUCACACAGUACUCCCAGCUUCACUUCCUCGAUCACCACCAUCGAGACCACAUCUCAUAGUACUCCCAGCUUGACUUAUUCAAUCACUACAACCAGGACCACCUCACACAGUACUCCCAGCUUCACUUCUUUAAUCAUCACCACCGAGUCCACAUUCCACAGUACUACCAGCUUCACUUCUUCAAUCACCACCACUGACAACACCUCACACAGUAUGCCCAGCUUCACUUCCUCGAUCGCCACCACUGAGAUCAUCUCACACAGUACUCCCAGCUUCCCUUCUUCAAUCACGAACACUGAGACCACAUCACACAGGACUCCCAGCUUCACUUUUGCAAUCACCACCACUGAGACCAUGUCACACAGUAUUCCAGGCUUCAUUUCUUCAAUCACCACCACCGAGACUACCUCACACCUUCCUCCCAGGUUCACUUCUUUGAUCACCACCACCAAGACCACCUCACACAGUCCUCCCAGCGUCACUUCUUUGAUCACCAGAACUGAGACCACCUCACACAGUCCUCCCAGCUUCACUUCUUCAAGCACCACCACUGAGACCCCUUCACACAGUACUCCUGGCUUCUCUUCUUCAAUUGCCACCUCCAAGACCACCUCAACCGGUCCUCUCAGAUUCACCUUUGUGAUUGGCACCACCAAGACCACUUCAUACAGUACUCCCAGGUUCACUUCUGUGAUUGCCAGCACCAAGACCACCUCACACAGCACUCCCAGUUUGACUUCUCUGAUCACCACCACCGGGACCAGCUCACACAGUACCCUCGGCUUAAGUUCUUCGAUCGCCACCACCGAUACAACCUCACACAGUACUGCCAGCUUCACUUCUUCGAUUGCCACCACUGAGACCAUGUCACAGAAUACUCCUGGAUUCACUUCUUCAAUUGCCACCACCGAGAUCACCUCACACAGUACUCCCAGCUUCACUUCUUCAAUCACCACCAUGGCGACAACCUCACAGAGUGGUCCCAGCUUCACUUCUUUGAUCACCGUCACUGGGUCGACAUCCCACAGUACUGCCAGCUUCACUUCUUCAAUCACCACCACUGAGACCACCUCAUACAGUACUCCCAGCAUCACUUCUUCAAUCACCACCACCGAGAGGACAUCCCACAGCACUCCCAGCUACACUUCUUCGAUUGCCACCAGUGAGACACCCUCACACACUGUUCUCAGCUUCACUUCUUCGAUCACAACCACCGACAGCACAUCCCACAGUACUGCCAGCUUCACUUCCUCAAUCUGCACCACUGAGACCACCUCACACAGUACUCCCAGCAUCACUUCUUCAAUCACCACCACCGAGAGGACAUCCCACAGCACUCCCAGCUACACUUCUUGGAUCGCCACCAGUGAGACACCCUCACAAACUGUUCCUAGCUUCACUUCUUCGAUCACCACCACCGACAGCACAUCCCACAGUAAUCCCAGCUUGACUUCUGCCAUCACCACCACUGAGACCAGGUCACACAGUCCUCCCAUAUUCACUUCUUCGAUCACCACCAUAGAGACCACCUCACACCGUACUCCCAGCUUCACUUCGUCGAUGACCACCACUGAGACCACCUCACUCAGUCCUCCAGCCUUCACUUUUUCGAUCUCCACCACCGAGACCUACUCACACAGUCCUCCCAGCUUCACUUCUUCAAUCACUACCACCGAAACCCCCUCACACAGUCCUCCCAGCUUCACUUCUUUGAUCACCACCACGGAGUCCACCUCAUACAGUCCUCUGAGCUUCACUUCUGUGAUCACCACCACAGAGAGCACCUCACACAGUACUCCCAGCUUCACUUCUUCGAUUGCCACCACUGAGACCACCUCACACAGUCCUCCCAGCUUCACUUCUUUGAUCACUAUCAGCGAGACCCCCUCACACAGUAAUCCCAGCUUCACUUCUUUGAUCACCACCACUGAGUCCACCUCACACAGUCCUCCAAGCUUCACUUCUGCAAUCGCCACCACAGGGAUCACCUCACACAGUACUCCCAUUUUCACUUCUUUGAUCGCCACCACCGAGAGCACCUCACACAGUACUCCCAGCUUUACUUCAUCGAUCACCAGCACUGAGACCAUCUCACACAGUACUCCCAGCUUCAGUUCUUUGAUCACUGCCACCAAGACCGCAUCCCACAGUACUCCCAGCUUAACUUCUUUGAUCACCACCACCAAGUCCACCCCACACAAUGCUUCAAACUUCACUUCUGUGAGUGCCACCACAGGGAUCACCUCACGCAGUACUCCCAUUUUCACUUCGUCGAUCGCCACCACCGACAGCACCUCACACAACCACAUCCCACAGUACUCCCAGCUUGACUUCUUCCAUCACUACAACCGGGACCACCUCACACAGUACUCCCAGCUUCACUUAUUUAACCACUAUCACCGAGUCCACAUCCCACAGUACUACCAGCUUCACUUCUUCAAUCACCACCACUGA